CUCCCAUAAUUCCUAGCGGGUAGCACAGCCGGUAGUCCCCCUAGAAACAAACUCCGGUCGGACGGAUCCCUGAGAGAAGACCCCGGAACUGUUCACAUCCCCGAUUCACGCUGCUGUGUAGUAAAGCAAGACAGCAACUGAGGGAGCUCGUGCGGAGCAAAGAGGGUGACUGUCAGCCAUGGAGCGCGUCAUGGGCGGAGGAGUGCUUCAGCUGGUUUUAGCGUGUGCAGGGGUCCUGCUGCUUUAUCGAAUCCUUGCCCGCCUCAGACCAGGAGCGGCUCUGCAGGAUGCCGUGGUGGUCAUCACAGGGGCCAGCUCUGGACUGGGGAAAGAGUGUGCACGGGUCUUCCACGCCGCAGGGGCUCGCCUGGUGCUGUGUGGACGAGAUGCAGCCCGUCUGCAGCAGGUGGUCAAGGAGCUGACAGCGAGCUCAACAGGUUCACAGCAGCAGACUUACACUCCCAGCACUGUUAUAUUUGACCUGGCUGACACAGACACAGUGGACAGAGCUGCAGAGGAGAUCCUGAAGUGUUAUGGACAAGUGGAUGUCCUCAUCAACAAUGCUGGAAUCAGCUACCGUGGCAAUAUACUGGAUACCCACGUUUCAGUUCAGCGAGAUGUUAUGGAAACAAAUUACUUUGGGCCUAUUGCUCUCACUCAAGCUCUCCUGCCCUCAAUGGUUCGCCGGCGCAGUGGUCACAUUGUGGUCAUCAGCAGUGUCCAAGGCAAGAUAGCCAUUCCCUACAGAUCAGCUUAUGCAGCUUCUAAGCACGCCACCCAGGCCUAUUUCGACUGCUUACGGGCCGAAAUCGAGCGCCACCGGAUUCCAGUGACUGUGAUCAGCCCGGGGUACAUCCGAACCAACCUGUCGGUCAACGCUGUCACUGGAGACGGCUCCAAGUAUGGAGUUUUGGAUAAAACCACGGCGACGGGUCGUGAUCCGCAGGAAGUGGCUCUGGCCGUUCUGAAGGCUGUCCGCCAGAGGAGCAAAGAUGUUGUUUUGGCGGGACCUCUGCCCAAUCUAGCCAUCUACCUCCGCACCCUGUGGCCUGCGCUCUUCUUCAAACUCAUGUCCUCUCGUGCUCGCAAAGAGCAGAAACCUAAAGAAGAGUGACGCGGCAGCAGGAGAAGAACAAGAGGCUCUGAAAAGGAGGCAUGUUAGAUGCACACAGACCGAAACAGGAAACUGGCUGCUUUACAUGGAGGCCAAACGGACAGGAGAUGUUGAUCUCUUGAGCUAGUACCACUUCUUCUCUAAAGACACAUGCUUGCAGUGUUACUUGUAUAGCCUCCGAAACACAGCAGAGACCUUUGCGUUGUAAGGCUGUCGCAGGGAUUAGAAGUGGGACCUGCAAAUGUGUUUUACUAGCAAGACUGAAAACUGUUCAAUUGUGAGCAUGUAAUGCCGUUGAAUUGACUUGACACCUUUACAUGAAUUUGGAUUACAAAUAAAAUGCUCAAGCUGUUAUCUAUAAGAGUGUUAAUGUUUAACCUGUUACUUAGCUGUUGGAGGUCCAGUGUGGAGGAUGUAGGAGGAUCUACUGGUGGAAAUACAGAUAUUUGUGUCAAAUAAAAACAAACCUUUUUUUUUUUAAAAAAGAUGCUCUGGCAAAAAUGGAAUAUAACAUUUGAAAGGCUUUAAUUUUUGUAAAGUCACCUGAAACUAAGCUUUUCUGUUAGUCCUCUCCCAUGGAGUACACAGUGUUUCUACAGUAGCCUAGAAAGGACGAACAAAACAGCCUUUUGCAGCAGCCCCUGCAGGGAAUGGGGAGAUCAGGGUUGCUCAAUUCAUUGUGAUCUUUAACCUCAACGAUAAGAUGCCACCAAAUCCUCCACAAUGGUCCUUUAAAUAAUCAAGUCUGGGUAAUUUUAUCUAUUAUUUUCCUCUCACUGUCCCACUCAUGAAUAUCUUCCUUAAAAGCCUGUAGCCUCACAUUUUAAGGAGUGAACAAGAAAUGAGAUUUAUUUGUUAACAUUAAAAUGUACUGCUGCCCAUGUGGACUAUGUGAACAGCAGAUGUAUGUGUAUGAGAACAACUUAACAGGAUGCAGGGUUUUACUAAAGUAUCAUAAAUUGUUUCAACAAAGGGUCUAUCCACAACACUGAUGAUGACAACAAAACACUUUACACUACCAAUUGUGUCUUUCUUAAGAGAUUUGGUAGAGCACCAGUUAUGUGUCUGCAACAUCUGUACAAUGUGGCAUAGAGAGGAAACUGCUGAAAAUUACUUAAAAUAAAAUGCUUUUUAUAAAUGCG